AAAGAUAAUUAAUUUUAAUUAAAAUAUACAAAAAAUACUUAUUAAAUUAUUUAAUUAAAGAGGAUCAUGUUCUUAAAUAGAUUAGUUAAGGAAACCUCAAAGGCUAAGCGUUUGUUUUCUAUGGCCUAGAACAACUUCGCUCGUGCUGGCCCAUACAACCCCAACAGAUAUAAAGAUUACUACAUCCCAAGAACUUUACCCAAGAAUGAAGAAAUUGUUGAAUUCGUUUAGAGCUAGCACUCCGUCCCUGCUUCUCCUAUCAGAAAUCAAAGACACAUCAAUCCCGUCAGAGAAUCUGGUCCUUUACCUUCUUAUGAUGGUACCUACACAAUGGAAGAUAUUAGAGCCGUUUUCUACAACACCACCGUUGGUAGAGAUUACUGCUAUUGCCAAAUGGACCCUGAAGAAAUCAUGAGAAGAGUCCCUGGUAUCACCAGAAAGGAAGCUGAAUUCAUUACCAAGUUGGGUUUAUCUCCUCAAGAAUAAGUCGAUUUUGCAUAUAUUGCUUAUAACAUUGGUUUGGAUAUCUUCUAUUUCACCAACUAAAUGUUCGUAGCCAGACAAGUUGUCACCAAUUCCAAGGGUGAAAAAGUCGAAGUUCUAUGGAAUGCCCAAUGCUAUGAAGAUAUUGCUUAAUUAAAUGUUGGUUUCGCUCCUGUUUUGGAAAGUGUUGAUUACCAUUGGGAAAUCUUCUUGUGGGCUGAUCCUCCCAUCAAGCCUAACAACGAUUUCGACUUGAACGUUCCUUGCACUUGGUUCGAAUACGAAUAAGAAUGGUGGAUGGAAUCUUGCAUCUAAGAAGAUCAAUUCAAUCUUCCUGAAGAUGAAAGACCUUACAAUACUCCUAGAAAUCCUCACUGCAGAAAGGAAUUAUGGAGAAGUCAAGAUGCUUUACAAGAAGAAGAACUCAUGGUUAAUGAAAACUGGUAUCCCAAAAAUACUUAGUACAAUAUUUAUAACCAACCUGAUUUCAUUAAGCCCAAGAGUGGUUCUGGAGCUGCUGCUGAUGAUAUUAGAAUCUGA